AUGCCUGCAUUAGGGUUUGCAACCCCAGUGGGUGCUCGAGGAGAGGAGUUCGAAGCGCGAAUAACACCAUAUGUGAUCAUAGCACAUAUAAUGGUAGCAAGUGGAGGACUAAUGUUUGGCUACAAUGUUGGAAUUUCAGGAGUGACGUCCAUGAAUGAUUUCCUGGAGAAAUUUUUCCCUGUAGUGUAUAGGAAAAAGAAUGAGAUCCAAGACAAUAAUAAUCCUUAUUGUAAAUAUGACAAUCAGGGGCUUCAGUUGUUUACUUCAUCUCUCUAUCUGGCCGGUCUGAUAGCAACAUUCUUUGCCUCGUAUACAACCAGAGUAUGGGGCCGGAAGCCAACCAUGCUAAUUGCAGACAUAUCUUUUGUGAUUGGAGUAGUGUUAAACGCGGCAGCUCAAGAUCUGGACAUGCUUAUCAUUGGUAGAAUUAUUCUUGGAUGUGCAGUUGGAUUUUCUAAUCAGGCGGUUCCUCUUUUCCUCUUAGAGAUUGCACCCACCAGAAUCAGAGGGGGUCUUAAUAUUCUCUUCCAUUUGAAUGUUACAAUAGGCAUUCUGUUUGCUAACUUGGUGAACUAUGGAACUGAAAAAAUCAGGCCUUGGGGAUGGAGGCUUUCACUGGGUAUAGCAGGAAUUCCUGCUCUUCUUCUUACAGUGGGUUCCAUAUUUAUAGUAGAAACACCCAAUAAUUUGAUUGAAAGGGGAUUCCUGGAAGAGGGUAAGGUUGUAUUGAGAAAAAUUAGAGGAACCAACAAUGUGGAUCCAAAAUUCAAUGAAUUAGUAGAGGUUAGUAGAAUAGCUGCAUCAGUUAAACAUCCAUUCAGAAAUCUUCUGAAGCGCAGAAACAGGCCUCAGUUAAUCAUAACAUUGUGCCUGCAAUUGUUUCAGCAGUUUAAAGAACUAUCUUGGAUAUACAAGCUUCUGGAUUAA